AUGUCAGAUAAUGAUGAGGUACAGAAGGGGCCCACGCCGCCCCCGGAGAAGAGCCAGGGCCCCCCGGCCCGGGCGCCCGCGGGCCGUGCUUAAGGCCGGCUGCCCGGGCUGUUCUGCACCUUCGGCCUGUGCGUGCUGCUGGCGGGCGUGAACGUGACGCUGGUGGGGGCCUUCGCCUCCUUCGUCCCGGGGCACAACGCGCCGCUCAUCGUGGGGCCGGCGCUGCUCGUGCUGGUGCUCGGCUUCUUCGCGGCCUGCUCCGUGUGUAGCCUCCGCCGCGGGCCCGCGCCCCGUUCGCGCUCGACGGCGGCCGCGGGUCCCUGCCAGGGCGGGGGCGGCGGGCGGGUGGCGCUGGAGAUGGAGAGCAGCGAGCGCACGGCGCAGGACACCACGGCCGUGCAGCUCAGCCCCGCCGCCUCGGCCGCGUCGUCCGGCCGCUGAAGCCCCAGCCCCGGCCCCUUCGCCCUGGACGCUCCCGCGCCCGCAGCCGUCUACACGCCGCGCACCGACGGGGUCCGGCUCGACCUGCCCCGGGAGCGCGUCUCCCCCUAG